AUGCCCCUCUCCCUGAAAGAGGCGGCUGGCGGCGCGUGCGCCGGCCCCUCCGGCCCCGCCUCGUCCGUCUACCUCGUCGGCGUCGGCCCGGGCGACGUCGAGCUGCUCACCGUCAAGGCCCUCCGGCUGAUGCGCGACGCCGACCUCGUGCUUUACGACCGGCUCAUCUCGCCCGAGGUGCUGUCGAUGGUGGGUCCGCAGGCGGCGAUGCUGUAUGUGGGCAAGGAGGCGGGGCUGCACACGCGGCCGCAGGAGGAGAUCCACCGCCUCCUCCACCUCUACGCCCACGCCGGCAAGUCUGUCGUCCGGCUCAAGGGGGGCGACCCGACCGUGUUUGGGCGGGGCGGCGAGGAGCUAGAGUACCUGGAGGCGCGCGGCGUGCCGGUGCAGAUCGUCCCCGGCAUCACCGCCGCCUCGGGCAUCGCCGCCGCCCUCCGCGUCCCCCUCACCCACCGCGACUACGCCGACUCGGUCCGCUUUGUGACCGGGCACGCGCGGUCGGAGAACUCCGCGCCCGUGGCGGAGCGGUAUCGGUGGGAGGUCCUCUCCGACCCCUCGCAGACGCUCGUCGUCUACAUGGGCCUCUCGACCCUGCCGCAGUUUGCAGACGGCCUGCUGCAGGCCGGCCUCGACGCGUCCACGCCGGCGGUCGCAGUGCAGGACGGCACGACGGCGACGCAGCGCGUGGUCGCGGCGCCGCUCGGCGGACUCGCGACCGCCGUCGAGGAGGCGAGCCUCGCCUCUCCCACCCUCGUCGUCAUCGGGCGCGUCGAGGCUCGCGCGCUGCUCGACUCGCUCAAGGCAGGGGGGCGGCUGCGGUGA